AUGCAGACUUUACCCUACGCAGUAGUGACGAAUAAAAACAUGCUACACGUCUACGAGUUGUAUUACGAUGCCUUCGAGAAGCUGAGGAAAGUCCGUGAGGUUGUUACUACCGAGGACAACGAACAAUAUUGCAAGAUCAUCAGAGGUACUUUGAGAGAGCACCUAACUGUGCUUCCGAGGCUCACCAUGGGCAUUCUCGAAUGUCGAGAUUUGUUGCAGCCCACGGAGAUUGAUAAAUUCAUGCACACAUUACUCAAAUCUCGCAUUUCCCGUCGAGUCAUCGCUGAGCAGCACCUAGCAUUGACUGAGAUGUUCAAUGCGCCGUGGCAUUUUCCAGAUGCUAAAGCGGACAUUGACUCCAAUGCCGACUUCAUUGGGGAGGUAUUUCUCCGCUGCAACGCUCGGGAGGUCGUACAAAGCUGUUGGGACAGAGUUGUCGCCCUUGCUAAAAUUGCCUACGGCGCUGAAUGUGCUUUGCCAGAUUUAAUGCUUGAAGGGAAUUUGGAAGCAACAUUUCCUUACAUCCUGACGCAUCUUCAAUAUAUCAUCGCCGAAUUAUUGCGCAAUGCUCUUCAGGCUGUGGUUGAGGUGCAACAAGCACCCCAUUUGAAGCCCCCACCCAUCCAAGUCCUUGUAUGCGAGGCAUCUCAACACGUGAUCAUCAGAAUCUCGGAUCAGGGUGGUGGAAUCCCUACAGAGGUCAUGCCCCGUUUGUGGUCCUUCAGCAAGGGCGCUCGGAGUCAGACGCAUCUCGAAAAUCUUUCUCAGGUGCCCAAAAUGGCAGCAACAAUGCAAGAAGUCAAGGAACCUUGUCUCGAACCGUUAGAUGAAGUCCACGGUAAACCCAACGCAAAUCAGGACGCGUCGCUAAGCUCUUUGACCACUAGGCCACCAAACCUGAGGCUUGGAAUGGGUCUACCCACGAGCAGGGCGUAUGCUGAGUACUGGGCUGGGAGUCUUGAGCUUCAUAGUCUGGAUGGCUACGGUGUAGAUGCGUUUUUACAAAUCUCCAAGUUGGGCAACAAAAAUGAACAACUGACGACCAGAGCAAGUAUACAUAAUUUCAUGCACACUAAGAAGACCCCCGUGCGAGAGGAAAUUGCAGUCAUGGUCCUCAUCGGACCUCCGCCGAAGCCUACCGGCAAAUCCUCAGUCUUAAGGAAGCCAAUGAGGAAUAUCUCUAACGGCCAAAGAGCUCACUUGCCGUCUUCCCCAGGUCCAGAAAGCACGUCAGCCAAGGAAACCCUUCUUCGUUCCUACAAGAGCGAACAGACAAUGCCAUCCAAAGAAUUUGUAACAACGCCUCAAAAGCCGCUACGCCGUCGCGAGACAGGGGCUUCAGCUUUCCCUUCAUCUACUAGACGCAAUGACCAUAAGCUCUCCUUAGGCGAAAGUCCUUCCUCGGAACCACGGCUUUGGGUCCACCAUUUCCCUGCAGCAUCUUCUAGAGUUGUUAGUGGGAAUCUUUCUACACAGACACCUGUCAAUUCGACUUUUCGUCUGGCCGAACGGGAUUGGAAAGAAAAGUUGGAAGAUCGCACCCCCUCCCAUCUCAACUCGACGCCACUGCCGAAGGUGGUAAAAGCCAACCCAAUGGCACACAGCCUCGAACAUUCUGCACAACAUACAACUAAACUCACCACCCGGUGGCAGAAUUCCGCAAUAGUACCUCCUGAGAACGUCGAAAUGAAGAAACCAAAGGCACCAGAAACCGAUCCUUUAUCAGAAUCUCAAAUGGGCCCCCACUGUCUUCAGUCCAUGGGACAUCUCAUCAUCUCUGGAAUGAGCUGUGACAUCCAAAGAGCGGAAGACUUCUGUAUGCCUAUCACUCAGUGUUACACAAAAGAAAGAACGUUGGAUUCCCAUGUGGCCGCGACACCGAUUGUCAGGCGUGGUCCGGUGCAGCACAUUUCAUCUACGACUAUUUGGAGGGAUCUAAAUCCCUCUAUGGUCGAGCGGCUAUACUUCAUCCACCAGUGUGUCAUCGGCAGCCUAGAAACAGUCAUCAAAACCCGAAUGCAAUACCUGAGCGAUCUUGUGCACGAAGGUCCAACUCGAUACGCAAGCAGCUUGGAUGGGGCCCUUGCUCGCGUCAGCGAGCAUCAGCUUAUCAUAGAUUGCCAACAAUUUACAGACACUGUUAUACAAACGCUUCACGGACAAUUUUCUAACCAGGAUGUGAAAAUGACACCCAGUGGCUUGCUCGCAGUAUAUCUUGCGUCGACCGAUUUUUUCUAUAGAACCUUGAAUGAGGGUGAAAUGGCCAUAGACAUCACGAUCACAUCCAACAAGGCCAAUUAUUCAGCCAAACCACGUAUCCAGACUUCGUGGGUUGCCGAUCAUAUUACGUUCAAUGGGUUUAAUACUAAGCCUGCCCCUGGUGAGGAACUCAGGAUUAUGCCUCAGUUUCAGUGCUACUCUCCGUUCUUGUCGAAAGAUCGGCAAAUGUGUAUCAGGAGUACCCAGAAUACAUCUUGGCUUAGCUGGGAUAGUAAAUCGAAAUGCUUCACGGGUCGGGUUCCUGCCCUAGAGAAAUUGCAGGAAGAGCACGGAGAGCACAAAGGCUCGAUUUCCGAACAUAAGUCUUACCCGAUGGAAUUUGAAAUUGAAACUGUAAUGUUGGUGCGGGCUGGGGACGCUUCAAAGAAUGAGAAUUAUCCAGGCUUUGAGAGAACAAUCUACACUAGAAUUCGACUUGAUGUCACACAACCCAAAAUAGGCAGCAAUCUCACCCUUCACCGGCUCCCAGUGGAGGACUGGCCUACCAUCAAAGCUGCCGCUGGCUUUGAAGUGGACAAGCUCUAUCCAGCUACGAUUGAUAAAUGCUUAGAUAUGCUUUACCCCCGACCAUUCCAGUUUAUCUACAACGCAGUCAUUGACAAGUUUGCUCCACGACAUCCAUUAGGGCCGAAGCCUCGUUUCAUCUUCGAGCAAUUAUCUGACAGGCAUGAGAAAUUGUCCGAAAAACUGACGCAAAUGGCUCAGAAGCAUACUGAAUUGGCCGAUGCUUUGCGCGCUGCUAAGUCAAGCCAGUGGCCAUCGACAUCAGGAUGGCAAUCCCAAGAGUCUCCUCGGUGGGAGCUGCAGAUGCCGCGAACGCGCGACCUGAAGAUUGAUAAUCCUCUUGGGGAUUUUCUUUGUUGUCUAGAUAUUUCAUUUAAAAAUGAGCUGCUCUGGGGAGACGGUGCUCAAUGCGAAGGAACCAUCGGGAAACCAAAAGACGAAGACUCGACGAUGAACUUUAAGACUUCCCCUCAAUUUUUCGCGGGCUACCAAAGCGACGACAUUGUCCCAGAAUCAGAGGCUAGCGAUCUGGAUUCUAUUGCUAGCUCCGACACCAGCACCCGAAAGCCUGCAAAAUCAAGCCCAUCACCUGUGAGGCAGCCAGCUCAAAGCGCGAGACUGCCAAAGAGUGUUACUGCUAGGGCAUCUCAUGUCAAGGGGCUGCUCACUCCGAGAGAAUUGUCAGACGAGGACGCUAAAAUUCUACAUAGUAGAUGUCAGAGCAUAGUCCAGGCUUCUUACCAAGACAUCUCCGAUGAUGACAUGCUCAAUCCCUGCUAUUCAAGUGCAUUCGCAAGUGAUGCUCUGAAGCAAGAGGAGUGGCCACUCGAGCGCGGUACAAAAUCAAUGGUAUCAGCCCUAAAAGUAGUCGCUCCGCCAAUGGUUGACUAUUCUGUAACCCUCAACGACCAAGUCUUCGAGUCUUAUUCAGAACGUGAAGAGUCGGAACACGAGUCUGAUGUUGAAUCCGGAGAAGCCUAUCGCGACGAUCCGUAUGGUAAUGAAUUGGCAAAAGAGUUCUCAAAGUAUGCGGAGAGAUUCCAUCCUCAUCUGCGCCAGCCAAAAAUGGCAUCUCUCCAGGAAGACCUUGCCUGUGGCGCUGGGCGUACCGGAUUCUUAGUAUUGUCGGAUGACCCUCUUCAACGAAGCCAAUUCGAUUUGUAUCGUCGUCAAGCAGAGUUAGGACAUGGACAGCAAGGAGACGGUGUUGGUGCUUUCGAUCAUGAAGGUGAGUUCGACUGCAAGCAUGGUUACGACAACGAAGAAUGGGAAAUUGAACAAGCCAAGAAGAAGAGUUUGCAAGAGGAACUCGAGAGAAAAAUGACGAAAUCCGGCAUUCCGAGUACAUACGACGAUAUCUUUCUAGAUAACGGCAGUGACCCCACCAGCUUCGAUGAAGCUUCUUCUACAACCGCUGAUGAGCGUCCUUCCGUCACUUCAAGUAUCCUAGGCGCUGUGAAGGAGCCGGCCGUGAAGACAGCUCAAGACGGAUGGACCUGGCCGCAUUCCGACGUCGAGAGGGUCGUGAAGAUGACUCCAGCACAGGAGGUUGAGGCAAGAGCAGGCGGUCUCAGGGUAGGUAGAUGA